AUGUUGAUGCCAUCUCAGUCACCAUCAUCGACGAUCACUAUUCAAACAUUACCUUCAGAUCAGCAACAGCAGCAACAACGAGAAUACGUCGAUACAUUAAACAAUCAAAAGAGCACGGCAGUUAUUAAAUUUCGACGAGAGAAAUCGAUGGAAUUUGAUCAAGAUUCAAAAUUUACAUCGCGUAUCAAUGAUGAUAUCAAUAACAACUGUUCAAGUUUUGCUACAACAGAUGAAUUAAUGAAAUCAGUAUCAAACCCAUCAUCGCCUAUAUCAAGCACAGAUGAUGAUCGACUUUUAUCGAUUCAAGUACCACCAUCGUCAGGUAACACAUCUCAUUCAACGAAUUUCACAGUCCUUUCUCUGUUAUUUUCAGCAUAUAACAUGGAAGUGGAACAAACCUCAGUAGUUCCAUCAUCCACUCGUCGAUCAGUUCGAACAUCCUCGUCAACAGCUCAUAAAUCGGUCCAUGGUCACUUGUCUUCAUUGAAUCUUGUUGACCCUGAUCCAAAUGUAUUUCUUAUUUCAUCUGAUACGAAUUCUCACAAUACCAUUCGAAAGACGAAACAUGAUGUCAAACGUUUUGUCAUGUAUAUAGACGAACAAUUCGGUGAGCAAAAACCUAUACAAACACUGCCAGCAGAAUCACUUUGUCGAUACUUAAAACAUUAUUUCGAAAAUACGAAAAAGUUCGAUGGAACCCAAUAUGAACCGGACACAUUGAGAAGUUUCUUAUUAAGUGUUGAACGAUACUUGAAAAGUAAAAAAUAUGAGUAUAAUCUGAUGGAAUCGCCAUUGUUUCAGUCAUGUCGACAAAUUAUCAUCAAUAAACGUGAACAAUGGAAAAAACUAGGCGGUGGAAAUCAUUCCACUAACCAUCAUCAGCCGCAAACGAAAUCGUUCUUAUCAUCGAUCAAUCUCAAAACUCUACCAGUUUUUGAUCGAACCAAACCCGAUAAUUUACUAUUAGAAAUGUAUGUACAUAUCACAAAACUUUAUCAAGAUAAAAUUCUACUACUGGGACAAUUACUUUGGGGUGAUAUUACUUUGGUUGAUGAACAAUAUCUCGUAUGUCAGCAGCAGAGAGCAGAAAGUCAAACAACACGAUUGUAUGCUACACCAAGUCAACCCUCAACAUGUCCAAUUCAAGCAUAUCGUCUCUAUGCUACUCAUCGACCACCACAAUGCAAUACUUCCCAAUCACCUUUCUUUCUUACUCCCCGUGCGUCUAGUGCUCAUCAUAUUUGGUACAAAACAACAGGAGUAGGUAAAAAUUUUGAGCAAGUACUUCAAAAUGCUCUUCAACGUAUUAUUCUUCCAAAACAAUCAUCACCGAUCUCAACUUUGAAAUCAAACGAACAUUCAUCUUCUACAUCUAUUUCGAAUGAUUCAUUAUCACCAACCUCGAUUCUCAACGGGAAACGAAACGAAUCACGAAUCUCAUCGUCUAGUUUAUUAACAGCAACUAAACGACUUCAUUCCUCGCCAACCUUAGUUCAACCUCUUAACCUUUCCGUCACGUCCUGUACAAAUCCCAUGGAAGAUGACAGUGGAACAGCAUCGUCAUCACCCUCAAAUUCCUUAUCAAAUGAUCUUACAUCAUCAUCAUCACCAUCCUGUUCAGUACUCAAAACGUCCUCGUGGUCAUCGAUAACUAAUCCGAUUUGGGAUGACAGUGUCACUGAUAUCCUGUUAACAGUUGCAAAACAACGCGAUGCGCGGAUAAUGAAAAUCAAUAUCCUUCGCACCUACUUAGAAGAAAAAUUAGGUGUAGUGGAAUUUCUAUGUCUUUAUCGUGGCUUUAAAUCAGAACCAAAAUUAACAUUUCAUGGGACGCCAUGGGAACAUUAUCAACGUUUUUUACCUGUUCUUUUUACAUUACUUACUCUUGACAAUACGACUGUUUAA